AAAUCCAUCAGCGAUCGCAUAUUUGACGCUGCCUUUCCUUUCGUCUUGCUUUCUGUGUUUCUGCUUCUUACUUGCUCUUCUAGUCUUUACUCUCAUCUUUUAUGGCAUCGAUAAUGGCGGUGAUUAGGAACGGGAGCCAAGAGAAGAAAGCAGAGUCUCGCGAUCCGGCGGCGUUGCAGUUGAAGCAGAGGAACGAGGAGUUGGAGAAGGAGCUGAGGCAGAGCAAGGAGAGGGAGGAGUUCAUGAGGCGUGAGCUUCAGAGCGCCUGCGAGAGGCUCCGGGUGGCCGAAGACGCCGAGGAGAGGCUCUGCUCUCAGCUCGGCGAGUUGGAGGCUGAGGCUCUCCAUGAGGCGCGUGACUAUCACGCUCGCAUCGUUGCUCUUAUGGAACAGCUCUCUCACGCCCAAAAUCUCCUCAAGGCCUAUUCCGUUUCCGUCCCUUCUUCUUCAUGAUCAAUUCUCACCGACGCCGUUAUCCUCGGUUGCCUCAAUUUGUUUAGUUUGUUUAAUAAAGUAUAAAUAUAGUAAACUGUAGAUAAAUACUCUGUCACCCCUAUGUGGAGUCUCCAUGACAUGGAUGAGUUCUCUCGUCCCUGUCUCUGUUGUGAAAGGAUCCAGAGGAAAAGGUCGAAUUGUUACCUGCGAAAGUUGCUGUUGUAGAUUAACCAUGGUGCCUCUGGUGUUCUUAAUUACGCAGAUCUCACUUAAUUAAAUUUAACUGUUUUUAAGGAAAA